ACGCCGGAUUUCCAGGAAACCGGUCGGCGGGAGCGGGAAGAACCGCCGUCUUCUCUCGCCGCGAAACCAACGGGGGCCGCCUUCGCUGAGUCCAGUCAAAACAUCCAGCUGUCAAAUAAACGGGCCCCAUGGCGAAUGGCGCUCGCCUAUCCAAAUGGAAAAGCGGCUCACGCAUGGCCCCUGUUUCUCUCGCUUUCUCUCUCUAUAGAUUCUGCGGAGUAUCGUCCUCUUUCUUCUCACUCAGAGGCAGCAGCAGUAGCAAGGAUCGAGAGGGGCGAGAUGAAGGAAACGGAGAUGACGCGGAGGGAAUCGGAGCUCCCGGGUUGGGAGAAGCAGGAGGGCGGAGGCGGCAAGGAAGAGGCGGAGGACGAGGACUCGCCGAUCGAGCAGGUCCGCCUGACGGUGACGACGACGGACGACCCCACGAUCCCCGUCUGGACGUUCAGGAUGUGGUUUAUCGGUCUCCUCUCCUGCCUCGCCAUGUCCUUCAUGAACCAGUUCUUCGCCUACCGCACCGAGCCCCUCGUCAUAACCCAGAUCUCCGUCCAGGUCGCCUCCCUCCCCGCCGGCCGGUUCCUCGCCGCCGUCCUCCCCUCCCGGAAGUUCCGCCUCCCCUGGUUCGGCGAGUUCUCCCUCAACCCCGGGCCCUUCAGCAUGAAGGAGCACGUCCUCAUCACCAUCUUCGCCAACGCCGGCUACGCCUUCGGCAACGGUUCGGCCUACGCCGUCGGGAUCAUCAACAUCAUCAAGGCGUUCUACAAGAGGAACAUCUCCUUCCUCGCCGGUUGGCUCAUUAUCAUCACCACACAGGUGCUGGGAUACGGAUGGGCAGGACUUCUAAGGAAAUAUGUAGUGGAACCCGCACACAUGUGGUGGCCCAGCACCCUUGUUCAGGUUUCUGUCUUCAGGGCGUUGCAUGAGAAAGAUGACAAUCGUAUGUCAAGAGGAAAAUUCUUUAUAAUAGCGCUGGUUUGCAGCUUUACGUACUACACGUUUCCGGGCUACCUCUUCUCUACACUCACGUCCGUGUCUUGGGUGUGCUGGGCCUUCCCCAAAUCAGUGAUUGCCCAGCAGCUCGGCUCGGGGAUGAAUGGCCUUGGACUCGGGGCUUUCACCCUCGACUGGUCCGCCGUUGCCGCCUUCAUGUUCAGUCCCCUUGUCUCACCAUUUUUCGCCAUCGUCAACAUCUUCAUCGGCUUCGUCAUUGUUGUAUAUAUUUCCAUUCCUUUGAGCUACUGGGGAUUCAAUCUGUAUGAAGCCAAGAACUUCCCCUUGUUCUCAUCGGAUCUCUUCACCAAGUAUGGACAGAACUAUAACUAUACAGCAAUCAUCAAUGACAAGUUUGAGCUCGAUGAGGCCGCGUAUAAUGUUCAGGGCCGUGUUCACAUGAGCAUGUUCUUUGCUCUCACUUACGGCUUCGGAUUCGCCACCAUCGCUUCCACCAUAACUCAUGUUGCACUGUUUUAUGGCAGAGAGAUAUGGCAAAGAAGCCGUGCUUCGAUGCAAGGGAAGGCUGAUAUCCACACAAGGUUGAUGAGGAAAUAUCCAGACAUACCAAACUGGUGGUUUUUCUUUCUAAUGGCGGCUACAGUUGCCGUCUCCCUAGUCCUCUGCACUACCAUGAAAGAUCAGGUCCAGCUGCCAUGGUGGGGUUUACUCUUCGCCUGCGCCAUGGCCUUUGUAUUCACCCUGCCAAUAAGCAUUAUCACUGCAACGACCAACCAGACACCAGGGCUGAACAUCAUAACAGAAUAUGCAAUGGGGUACAUAUUGCCGGGGAGACCCAUCGCCAACGUGUGCUUCAAAGUAUACGGCUACAUGAGCAUGAGCCAGGCCGUUGCGUUUCUUAGUGACUUCAAAUUGGGGCACUAUAUGAAAAUUCCACCUCGCUCCAUGUUCUUAGUUCAGUUCAUAGGAACAAUUGUAGCUGGGACUGUGAACAUUGCGGUGGCAUGGUGGUUGCUCGAUACCAUUGAUCACAUAUGUGACAAGUCGCAAUUGCCAGAAGGCAGCCCAUGGACAUGCCCUAACGACCGUGUCUUCUUCGACGCGUCCGUGAUCUGGGGACUCGUUGGGCCGAAGAGGAUGUUUGGGCCACUUGGUGUCUACCCCGCACUUAACUGGUUCUUCCUCGGUGGAGCAGUUGGGCCGGUGAUCGUAUGGCUUCUGCACAAGGCCUUUCCCAAGCAAACAUGGAUCCCUCUGAUAAACUUGCCGGUUCUGUUGGGUGCGACUGCGAUGAUGCCGCCGGCGACACCACUGAACUACAAUGCGUGGAUCGCAGUCGGAACGAUCUUCAACUUUUUCAUUUUCAGGUACCGGAAGGCGUGGUGGCAGAAGUACAAUUACGUGCUGUCUGCAGCGCUUGAUGCAGGGGUCGCUUUCAUGGGAGUGCUACUGUACUUCACCGUCACCAUGGAGGGAAAAAGUGUAGAUUGGUGGGGAACUGGAGGAGAGCACUGUGAGUUAGCAACCUGCCCUACUGCGAAGGGGAUCGCGGUAGAUGGAUGCCCUGCAUUUUGACAAAAUUGUAGGGACAUUUCCAGAUCCGAAGUCCAAAAAGGAAAUUAGUCGUCCAGUGAAAAUUCGUAUGCCUUGAACUGCAACAAUGCUUCAUAGUUUCAUUCAAAUUAUGUAAAGAUUUGCGAAACGAAAAAGUUAUAGCUAGCAAGAAAUCUGGCUUCGGCUUUCUGAAGUUUGCUUCCCUUCAUCCAA